GAGUAGCAAAAAAGAAAUAAAUUCAAAUGAUUUGGAAAAUUGAAGAGGGGACCAAUUCUUGGGGGUAAGGAGUAGACUCGUCGCCAGAGCUGACUUUGAAAACUUGACUUGGUCUCAUUCUUCUCAUCUACUGCAAAAACCACAAUCAGUAUAUAACAACAACACAUGAGUGACUUAAUUCUCAUAGACCAAUACAGAGAUACAAAGCAAUAGAACAACAAGAACAAGAAAACAGAGAAAAAAACAAUGGCUGCCUUGUCGGAUAAGUUAGCGGAUGCUUACCAGAACGCAAGGCCGAGAUAUCCGAUCGAUUGGUUCACGAAACUUGCUGCUCGAACCGGUCAGCACAAAUCAGCUUGGGAUGUUGGUACUGGCAACGGUCAAGCAGCUAUUGGUCUUGCAGAGUAUUUCGAGAAAGUUACAGCAACCGACAUAAACGAAGCACAGUUAAAACGAGCGGUAAAACACGAAAGAAUCAGUUACCAUCACACUCCCACAACAAUGUCCGAAGACCAAAUGGUUGCUCUAGUCGGCGGAGAUAACUCCGUUGAUCUAAUCGUGGCAGCACAAGCCGUUCACUACUUCGAUCUCGCACCAUUCUACAACGUAGCAAAACGUGUUCUUCGCAAAGAAGGAGGAUUAAUCGCAGUUUUUGUCUACAACGACAUAAUCAUCUCUCCUGAAGUUGAUUCCAUCAUGAAACGUCUUGUGGACUCCACGUUCCCGUUUAGAACUCCUGUAAUGAAUCUUGCUUUCGACGGUUAUAAAACGUUGCCGUUUCCGUUUGAAAGUAUAGGGAUGGGAUCAGAAGGGAAGCCUAUAAUGCUUGACAUUCCUCAUAAGCUAUCGCUUAAAGGGUUUAUCGGUUUCUUGAGAUCGUGGCAGCCCGCAAUGAAAGCUAAAGAACGUGGAGUUGAGCUUGUGACUGAAGAUUUGAUCUCCAAAUUUGAAGAUGCUUGGGGUGAUGAUGAUGAUGUUAAAGAUAUUUUCUACAAAGCUCAUAUGAUUGUUGGAAAACUUUCGGCUUCAGAUAUAGAGCGGCAUCGAAAGAGAUUUGAUACGAACUGCGUAGUUACAACACUAAAGGAUCAUAACAACUCGGCUGUUAUUGCUUCAGUGACUGCUGCUGCAUUUGCUGGAGUGGCGGCUUACUGUGCUUACUCUGCAAGGAAGAACAGUUAGAUCCUUUGAAGGACAAAGAAACGGUUUUCUGAAUCUAGUGAAUGAAAUCUUUUUUAUUUUACAUGUUGACAUGUUGUCAUGUAUUUAUUUAUGUCAUUGAUAUGAGAUGGUUAAGUAAUAUCUAAAGAUUUAAGAGUCACCCAACACUCUUACAUUCAUGACUCAAGGGGAUAAAAUAAAAGUACAAGCAUCCACAUAAUAAAGAAAAUAGAUUCUCACAAGUGUUCUUUUGUUUUUCGCUGAGUACGCGCAUAAAUAGAUGCUCACACGUUCUUGGGUUUUAAGAAAUUAUAUAUUAAGCCCAACUUGUACGGCUCAAAACUCUGUAAUAUAGUCAAGGACAUGAUCAAUUUCUUAUA